UUCUACUUGGCUUCACUGUCGCUAUGGCUCGCGGUUCUUCUCGUUUCUCUCGACUCCACGGGACUAGCUGUCGCAAUUCCGAUCAUGACUACACAGCUCGGAGGAACUACACUUGAAGCUUUCUGGGCCAGCAUCGCCUUUAUGCUUGCGGUCUCCGUGGUUCAGCCAAUUUAUGUCACAACCUCCGAUGUCCUCGGACGACGCAUUCCACUCUUCAUCGCACUAGGCUUCUUCUUCGUCGGAGCUAUUGUAUUUGCUGUAGCGCAGAAUAUGGCUACUGUCAUCGCUGGAAGAGUACUUCAAGGACUCGGAGGCGGCGGUCUUGACGUCUUGAGCGAAGUCAUCGUCACGGACAUGACGACAAUGAAAGAACGCCCGCUCUGGGUAGGACUGCUUUCCUUCCCAAUGGCAGUUGGCAGCAUUCUCGGUCCCAUCAUUGGCGCCCUCUUCAGCGAGUAUGCGACAUGGCGAUGGCUGGGAUGGUACAACCUCCCCAUCAUUGGUAUUACUGCACUACUGGCCUUCUUCUACAUGAACUUGAAGCCUAUUGAGGACUCUCUUGCGUCAAAGCUUCGUCGACUGGAUUGGACGGGCAUGCUGCUCUUCGCCACAGGUGCCAUCCUCUUUUCUCUCCCGUUAAGUUGGGCAGAUGCAAUGUACCCAUGGGGAUCGUGGCGGACGAUACUCCCCUUCAUCAUUGGCAUCCUAUUCCUCAUUGGCUUCGCUGUGUAUGAAAAGUAUCCGCCGCAACCGGUAUUUCCCCAUCGCAUUUUCAGCAAUAUUACAGCGCAGGUGACACUCAUUGGUGCUUUCAUCCACGGAGCGAUACUUUACGCGUUGCUGCUAUAUCUCCCACUCUACUUUCAAGCAGUUUUCUUGAAGACACCACUGCAAGCGGCUAUCUCGAUCCUACCGCUGUGCGUCUUCGUUGUCGUGCUUAGCGGUGCCGCAGCAUUCGCAGUCGAAGCCUCACGCAAAUAUCGCUGGGAAAUCUGGGUCGGAUGGGUCUUGCUUGCGAUCGGUGUUGGCCUUAUGGCGCUCUGGGAUCAGAACACUUCAGUCGCUGCAUCUGCUGGCUUCCAGACUCUUGCUGGCCUUGGUUUGGGUAUACUCUUUACAGUCCCCACCAUUGCCAUGCAGGCCAGUGCUCCCACUGUCGACGAUCAAGGGCUUGCGAUUGGUGUGCUUGUUUCGUUCCGUCUUUUUGGGGGUCUGGUCGGUCUCGCGGUGGGUGCCACUGCUUUUAGCAGCACCUUCGGGGGCGCAGUGGCGUCGCUCGGAAGCUUACCUGCAUCUGUGGCCACUCUAGAGAACCCCGCCAGCGCGGUUGGGUUCAUUCCACAUCUGAGGGAGAUCGCCUUGCCGAAUGAGAUGAUGGAUGCGAUCAUUGGCGCAUAUGCGGACUCGUUGCGGACCAUCUGGUAUGCUCUAGCUGCCCUCGCUGCUGUUGGAGCUAUCGCCUCCCUUUUCUUGAAGGAGCUCUCGCUCGAGAGUGAAGAAACUGGCAGGCAGCACAUGGAA